GCCUCUCAAAGGAAAAUCUCAAACAAAGGGAACUCUCCCCAGGACAGCAUCAAUGACCACAGAAGCUUCCGUUGUAAAGGAAGGAGCCAUGCUCCUGUUUCUGUCGCUCCCGGUCCUGCUCCUCUGUGUGGGGGCAGUGUCCUGCUCAGAAAACGCCUGUGAGUGUGCCCAGAAGGCCUGCUCAGUGGUCACCUGCGGCAUCCCCGUCACCAACGGCACCCCAGGCAGAGACGGGCGAGAUGGACCCAAGGGAGAGAAGGGAGAGCCAGGCCAGGGGCUCAGAGGCUUGCAAGGCCCCCCAGGGAAGCAGGGGCCUCCAGGAAACACAGGGCUUCCUGGGAUUCCAGGACCACGGGGCCAAAAAGGCGACCAUGGAGACAGCUCAGGUAAGGACUCAGUCCAGUGUGGUCUCCCAGGGCCGGAGGGAGGCGUCCAUCUCCCGGGGCAAGCAACUCAGCCACGUGGCCAGCAGACCUCCAACCUGCCUGGGAGUGACUCAGAGCCAAGAGCUCAGGAGCUCCCCGUGUCCGCUGUCCACACACAGGGCCAGCACGACAUGGAUGGCAGCAAAUGUCGACUUUCGAGCUGA